AUGAUGCAUCACCCGAACAUGCAUCAUCAGCCGAUGUCGGGCCACCCACCACAGCACCUUGCGGGCCACCAAGCGAUGCCCUCGCAUCACCAAAUGCCGCCCCAUCAAAUGCACAGGGAGAACAGGAUGGCGAUGGGUCCAUCGGGUGCGCACGGACAGUCGCUGGGCGGACUGGGCGCGCUCGGCGUGCACCAACACCACGCGCCGCCGCGCGCGCAGCACGCUCAGCACGCGCAACACAAUAUUCGCGCCAUGUCCCACCAUCCGCCAGCACAACACCACCCCAUACAGCCGAUAAAGCAAUUGCGGCGUCCGUACGGUGUGAGCAGCGGCAACGCGCAUCCGUACGGUCCGAGCGGCGUGAUGCCGCAGUACCCGGGCCCGCAGCCGCACCAGCCGCCCUCCACGCAGCCAGCACACAACACGCAUACAGGUCUGUGCCGACCUUCUUCGCCUCUGAUGGGUCAGGCUAAACUAAGUAAUUUUGGCCAGUUUGAUUCAAAUACCACAAAAGGAAAGUAA